UGUCAACCCGCCGCGGUGUUUGGUUUACAGGAAAAUUACACAUUACCCUGAAUUGCAAAGGAAGGACUGCGCCCUGUGGUCUUAAUUUUAAUAACUCUGUGCUAGUACGAAUAGUUUGUUUUAAAGCGCAACCAUGUCCGACAUACAAAUGCUGAUCGAUAUGGGAUUUCCCAAAGAGAAGGCUGAACGGGCGCUCGAGGUGACCAACAACAAAGGGGUGGAACAGGCGAUGGAGUGGCUGCUAGCCCAUGCGGACGAACCACUGCCCCCAGCGACGGCGGCCGCCGGCGACAGUUCCAGCUCCACGGCCGCUGGCGGUGCAACGACAGAACCCUCCACGGAGGAAGGUGCCGCCGCGGCGGAGGAACCCGUAGCAAAAUCGCUGAAAUGUGACGAGUGUGGCAAGCUGUUCAAAUCCCAGGAGGAGGUCGAAUUUCACGCUGCCAAAACGGAGCACAGCAGCUUCUCAGAAUCGACCGAGGAGAAGAAACCGUUGACGGAGGAGGAGAAGAAGGCGCAGCUCGCCCUGCUGGAGGAGAAGAUGCGCCGCAAGCGCCAGGAGCGGGAGGAGAACGAAAAGAAGGAAGCGAUGGAGCGGGAGCGGCUGCGCAUCAAGUCGGGCAAGGACAUGCUCGAGGCGCGCCGCAAGAUGGAGGAGCAGGAGAUGAAGAAAUUGAUGGACCAGCGGAAGCGCGAGAAGCUGGAAAGUCAGCAAGCGCGGGACCGUGUCCGAGCCCAGAUCGAGGCCGACCGGGCCGCCCGCAAGGCCAAAGAGUCUGGCGAAACCACUGCCGUAUCACCGACGUCCACAGCACCGGUCAGUAGUCCUCCGCCAGCAGCGGCGAAUCCGACGUCCACCACCACCACUACUAUGCCCACCAAACCGGCAGAGACGAAAAGUUACACCACAGCCAAGAUUGCGAUCCGCAUGAUGGACGGGACGCAGCUCGUGCAGACGUUCCAGGCGGGCGAGCAGCUGGCGGCGGUGCGGCUGUUCGUGCAGCUGAAGAUGGACUCGGUCGACGCGGCGUUCGGACUGAUGACCAACUUCCCGAAGAAGGUGUUCACCGCGGAGGAGUACGAGAUGCCGCUGGACAAGCUGGGGCUGGUACCGAACGCGGUGCUGAUCGUGACGAAGGCACCGUAGUGUGUAGCUAGUAAGGAUUAGAUGUGUUUGUAUAAAUUCUCCUAUACGAGUGUGCGAUUCUCGGUUCGA